AUGACUCUCUCACACUCGCUACAAGUUCCAUGGAGAAAGAACCUCACCUUUCUCAACAAAGAGGCUCAAGUAUCCGAACAAGGAGAAACUAUUAUAGGCAUCUAUCUUCUGGCUUUAGGUUGGAUGUCUUGGUUUGGAAACAGCAUGGUGAUUUUCAUAUUGCAUAAACAGAGAGGAAUACUGAAUCCAACAGAUUAUCUCACUUUCAACCUGGCUGUAUCAGACGCGAGCAUAUCUGUGUUUGGUUAUUCCCGAGGGAUCAUUGAAAUCUUCAAUGUUUUUAGAGAUGACGGCUUCCUCAUAACAUCCAUAUGGACUUGCCAGGUUGAUGGAUUUCUGACACUGCUCUUUGGUUUGGCUAGCAUUAAUACUCUUGCAAUGAUUAGCGUAACUCGCUACAUUAAAGGAUGUCAUCCCCACAGGGUCUUCUGUUAUGUGUCCAUCAUCAAGGUGAUCAAGUCAAGCCAUGCCCUAGCUGGAGCGACUGACCCGUCUGACAGGCAGAGACGGCUGGAUCGAGACGUGACCAGGGUGUCAAUUGUCAUAUGCACAGUCUUCACUGUAGCCUGGUCUCCGUACGCUGUCAUUUCCAUGUGGUCGGCCUUUGGCCAUCCUGUGCCCAACUUAACCAGCGUCCUUGCCAGCCUGUUUGCCAAGUCGGCCAGCUUCUACAAUCCCAUCAUCUACUUCGGAAUGAAUUCGAAAUUCCGGAGAGACAUUCUCGUCCUCCUGCCUUGUGCCAAGGAGACCAGAGAGCCUGUGAAACUGAAAAAUUUUAAAAAUCUGAAGCCAAAGCAGGGCUUUACUCUUCAGAAACAAGAAAAAGCCCAUAUUCUUCAAGUUCCAGAUUCUGGCCUGGUGAGUCCGAUCAACACCCCGCCCUUGGGGAACAGAAAUGCUUUGGAUUUAGCGUGUGAUAAUUCCAAUUUUGAAUGUGUUCGACUGUGA